AAAAAUGGCAAAAAUCAGAGCCAAAGCAAAUCUCCUAUCCCUUCUUCAAGGCGGCUCGCGAAAGCUCUCGCUUCGACCUACCGAUCGCUCCCACCGUUGAGUUUGAACCGCUGGGUCCGCUACCGUCGAUUUCACCGUAUUCGUCGCGGUUCAGGAACUAAGUAUAGAGUGCAAAUCGGAGGCUGUGAAUAGCUACACGACCUAGUGCAAAGUUUAUAAUGGCACACAGAUUGUUAAGAGAUCACGAGGCAGAUGGUUGGGAACGCUCCGACUUCCCUAUCAUUUGUGAGUCAUGCCUUGGUGACAAUCCAUAUGUUCGAAUGACCAAAGCAGAUUAUGAUAAGGAGUGCAAGAUUUGUACAAGACCAUUUACAGUCUUUAGGUGGAGGCCUGGUCGAGAUGCAAGGUAUAAGAAAACUGAGGUUUGUCAGACCUGCAGUAAGUUGAAAAAUGUUUGUCAAGUCUGCCUUCUAGACCUUGAAUAUGGGUUGCCAGUUCAAGUUCGGGAUACUGCUCUUAGUAUAAAUUCCAAUGAUGCCAUUCCAAAGAGUGAUGUGAAUAGAGAGUAUUUUGCCGAGGAGCAUGAUCGCAGGGCCAGAGCUGGUUUAGAUUACGAAUCCUCAUAUGGGAAGGUACGGCCAAAUGACACUAUUCUGAAGCUUCAGAGAACAACACCAUACUACAAAAGAAACCGAGCACAUAUUUGUAGUUUCUACGUUCGGGGUGAAUGUACAAGAGGUGCUGAGUGCCCUUAUAGGCAUGAGAUGCCAGUAACUGGGGAGUUGUCACAGCAAAAUAUAAAAGACCGUUACUAUGGGGUGAAUGAUCCUGUGGCACUAAAGCUACUCAACAAGGCUGGUGAAAUGCCUUCUUUGGAACCUCCUGAGGAUGAGAGCAUUAAAACCCUUUACGUGGGCGGCCUUGAUAAAAGGGUUACAGAGCAAGAUUUAAGGGACAACUUUUAUGCCCAUGGUGAAAUCGAAACGAUAAAGAUGGUGCUUGACAAAGCAUGUGCCUUUGUAACUUACACAACCAGAGAAGGAGCUGAGAAGGCUGCAGAAGAGCUCUCUAACAAGCUAGUCAUAAAGGGUCUCAGGCUGAAGCUUAUGUGGGGUAAGCCCCAGGCACCAAGACCCGAGUCAGAAACCUCAGAGGGAGGCACGCAGCAGGUUGCAGUGGCUCAUGGUGGAAUGUUGCCCCGGGCUGUAAUAUCUCAGCAGCAGAACCAAUUUCAGCCAUCUGGGCCUGGCGUGCAGGACCAACCCCCACCUAUGCAGUAUUUUAAUAUCCCACCUCCACCUCAGCUGGAUAGAGCCUUCUAUCCAUCAAUGGAUCCUCAAAGGAUGGGUGCCCUGGUUCCAUCCCAUGAUGGGGAGAGCAAAUCUGGAUCAGAAAAACCACAACAAGGGCAACAUUAUCCCUAUCAAGCUAUGCCACCACCGCCUGAGCAAUAUCCUACUCAGCUUUAUCCACCGUAUGGGUACAUGCAACCAAUGCCACCUUAUCAGCAGUAUCCAUAUCAUCCGGCAAUGCCUCCACCUCAGGCUCCACCAGCAACACAGCAAUAUCAGCAUUCUGGGCCACCAAGGCCUCCACCUCCUGUGAGUGGACCUUCAACAAGCGCGCCACCAGUGCCUUCUUCAUCAGGUUCUGCACCUCCGGUUCCAGGGCCAUCUGCCGAUGCAUCUGGGUCAUCUCAUCAGUGAGGGUUUCUGAUAUUGUAGCUUUUGCUAAUGUAAGAAUGUAACUUGUUAACCCCCAAAUUUGUUUUUAUUUGAGUCCAAAAUCUUCUUUGCUUUGUCUGUAGUACUUAAUAGCAAUCAAUUUUCUCAUCUUGUGGGUUAUUCUUGCAUUCAUCAGUUUAUGAUUAGUGAA